AUGUCUGUAUGCCUGUAUGUACGCAGGUUGCUGGCCAUCAGCAUAGGGGAUCUGUGCGCCCCCGUGGCCCAGCCCAACACCACGACAGCUGUUGCCGGCUGUCCGGCGUUUGACUGGACCCCAAGCACCCGGGCGAGUCUGGUCCACGUCGUCACCCGCCGCGAACGGGACCCUCCAAGAUGCGGCCGCAGCUGCUGCGGCUCAGCAGCAUCAAGCCAGUCCCAGCAGCUCAUCUGCAACAUCGAUCCGGCUGCUGAUUCAGCCGCGAGGAGUAACGAUGGUCACUACCAGCGCCGCCGCUGCCGCCUGGAUAUGGUUGGUGCUGCGAAUAGCCGGGGCCGCUGCGGCCGCGGUGGCAGGUGCCCAGAUGGCCGCCUCGACCACCGCAUUUUGAGGGAUUAG